AAAUAUGAAUAUGAAUCUCAUUAUUAUAAAUUACCCGAUUGAACUAAACCCAGUAUUAUAUGUUAGAGCACCGACAUCGGUUCCAUUUAUUAUUAUUGUUGUUUUUCAGAUUAUUAUAUUUGUUCUACCAAUACGCUCAGAAGAAUACAAAGUAGUGCAGUUACCACACGUUUGUUCUUAUUGCUUUUAACUUGUAGUCACCAAAUUGAUGUCAGUACAAUAAAAAACAAAAUAUAAUGCUUGUGACUUUUCGCCUUGUUCGAGUAGGACUGGUGAUACUGACUGCCGUCGUUUUAUUUCUGGUGGUAUACUACCUCCAGGAAUCCUUGGAGUACAACUCUGCUACCAGAAUCUCCGACCAAGAAUUCUGGUUUCCAUCGUCAAGCAUAUUGAGAGCAGUAUCGUUCAGCGAGGUCGGAAACACAUCCUACGUCGAACCACCCACCCAACUCACACUGGAACGUCUGGAACGAUGUUGAUUAUUUUCUUCAGAUUUCAAUCAAAACGUUGCCUGUACCUAGUAGUACUGAUAAUACUGACCGCCAUAGUUUCGUUCCUAGUCUUAUAUCCAGAAUCACAUGCCACCGACCACAAAAUCGAUGAUCCAGAUUUCCAGGUACCACUACAGUCGAAUAUCCCAGCGGGCUUGUACAAUGAAGUUGGAAUUGUCUCUAACGGUGGACCGUGCUCACAAAUCGGAGUGUAAUAAAAUUAUUAAAUUACAAUAUUAUUAAAAUAACAAAAAUAUUGCCAAAAAAUAGAUUUUUUAAUAUAUUUAAUACUUUAUACUCUACUACUUUUACUAGUACCUAUUGCUUUUUAA